GGCAGGAAGUGGUUUGAAUUCACUUGAGAAAGAAACAGGGGGUGAGACUGGAGUUACUGUACAGACAAACAGCGCAGCUGAACUGUAUGCAAAGGUGAGGCCUGACAGUUCAAACUUCAAUGUGCGCCGGCUGCGAACAAUGAGCAACAUAAGAAGUCCCGAGCAUCUAGCAGACGCUUGUCUUCCCUCCUCCACAGGCGAGAUCUUGCCAAGCAAAGACGAUCCUGGAAGUCUAAGGCGGCUUCUGCCACUCACAGGCUCAUCCGUACUGGCACAUCGACUCUUCCACCUUCAGUCAUACCGCAACCCGCUCAUACCCAACCGACGACGUAAACGCGAGAUGACUCCUGCUGAAAAAAAGGACGCGUCGUAUUGGGUGAAGCGGAAGAAGAACAACGAGGCCGCCAAGCGUUCAAGAGAGAAGCGACGACUCAAUGACUUCAUGUUGGAGGGACAACUUCUGGCUCUGAGCGAGGAGAACGCCCAGCUCAGAGCCGAGGUGUUGAGUUUGCAGUAUCACAUGGGGAUUGGACGAGGUCUGGAUGUCAAUCAUCCCAUAGUGCCCUUACACUAUCCUGUUGCAUCCCGUCUCAAGCCUUCCCUGUGGGGUUUGCCUACCGGUUCUGCUGCAGAAGCUCCAGAGCUCUACCACUCUUGGCAAGGCUCAUCUCCAUUCAUCUCGCCCCUGCGGGUGCCUCCUAAAAGCGCCAACCUGCCUUCACAGAUUAGCCAUUUGGACAACAAUGCUGACCCAGUAGACACAGAGACAGCAUCACACCCACAGGUCUCUUCCAGCAACGACCCACCAAGCCACCCACAACUGUUUCCGGCCCAAAGAGCAUCUGCAGCCUCACCACCCCCCACUCAGCUGCUGCCUGGGUUGAGCCACUUAGCCACCCAGCACAGCAACCAGAUGCUACCUUGGGGGUCGUCGUCUUUGCGUCCAUCUCCUCUUCAUCCUAACUGGCCGCUGUCCCUCCCUCUGUCGCUGCGAGACGCAGACGGAUCUCGUAAUGGCGUAAGGUCCCUCUGGAACUUCAACAGCAGGUACAGCAUGCUGUCUGCUGAGAUCUCAGGACAGCUCAAAAGAAUCUUUUGCUCAGAGAACUCUUAAUCAGCAGCAACACUGCCUCAACAAUUUUUCCUUGUGAUAACCUGCUUAAAGGGAUCAUUCAGCCAAAAAUGGACUGUAUUUGUCUACUCACCCUUGUGUCGCUCCAAAUGUUUGACUUUUGUUCAUCUGUAGGGCAUGCAUUUGAAUAAUGUCAGUUUUUUAAAAGUCACUGUUGGUUUUGGACCCCACUGACUUUCAUUGAAAAACGAUUGAUCAAACAUCUAAUGCUGUGUUUUGAUGAAGAAAGAAAGUACUUAGGGAACCACUUGGGCGAACUGUUUUUGUUUGUUUGUUUGUUUGUUUGUUUUUUAAGGCAUUAGCUGUGCUUAAUGUAGUCAUGUGCAAGGCAGUCUCAACAUACAACCUAGCAAGUGCUAGAUAAACCAAAACGUGGAUAAUAUGAUUUUGGCCAAUUGUAAUAAAAGUAGUUCAUUUUA